ACAAAGCAGCCCAGUCAAAACGGCGUGAGUAGAUAAUUGAAUUACAUCCUUUCUUUCCGAGCUGGAUACAGCAAAUCUACAUAAACUUAUCGAAGCUUUAGUUUCUACAAGUAAUCGAUUCUACAUCCCGAACGUCAACAAAAGAGCAAUUGGGAGUGGAAUUCCUUAGGAUCCAACCUUUCCAGAUUCUUGCAGACCGAUUGCAAAAUUCAUGGCCUGAAAGGACGAGACGAAGUACACUCGCCAUACCAAACAAAACACUGCAGAGAUCAUCAACUCAAAACUGGCAGUAACUUGGAGUCAAUCCCGCUUAACCAAUUGCGCAUACAAACGGAGAGUACCUCUCUCAGCUAUCUUCAAGGUCUUGUAGACGCCGAUACUCCUGUAUAACCCUAACCCUUUCAAAAACUGGUCUCUAAACACUUGGCGACCGAUAAGAUAACAAUUUUCACCACACCCCACAUUUUUUUUCCUGCAGCGGAGGGUGGGCAAAAGAAGGCGGUCAAUUUUUUCGGCCUGCUGCAAGUUGAACCUUCAGCGCCAGGUGGAGAGAAGAGAGUGCAGUCCUGUCACCCUCUUUUCGCAAAACAACCACCACCCUAGCUUCCCUUUUUUUCCACGUCUUCAAAGGGGCGCAUAUACACACUCCAAGAUGCGCGUCGAUAACUGUUUCUUCUGCGGUAGGCCCGCGUGGCCUAGCAAGGGUAUCACCUUUAUGCGCAACGAUGGCAAAUCCUUCCGCUUCUGCCGCUCAAAAUGUCAUAAGAACUUCAAGAUGAAGCGUAACCCCCGCAAGCUCAAGUGGACAAAGGCCUAUCGCAAGAACGCCGGCAAGGAGAUGACUGUCGACAGCACUCUGCAGUUUGCCGCCCGCCGCAAUGUGCCCGUCCGCUACGACCGCGAGCUCUUCGCCAAGACCCUCAAGGCCAUGGAGCGCAUCAGCGAAAUCAAGGCCCGCCGCGAGAGAAUCUUCUACAAGAAACGCAUGGCCGGCAAGAGGGCGCGCGAGGUUGCCGCGGCCAGGAAGCUGGUGGCUGACAACGAGCACUUGCUUCCCAGACUCAGGGGCAGUGAGAAGAGGAGGUUGGCUGAGUUGGCUGGUGAGAGGGGUGUCGAUGUUGAGGAGCUGGAGAGAGAGGAGCUCGCCGCCAAGGCUUCCGGGAAGAAGAGCAAGGCUUUCGGUGGUGAGGUGAAGAGAUUGAGGGUCAGGACUGACGGUGGCGUGGAGGAAAUUACCGAGUCUUUCGGCGGUGUUGUGGGCGAGGAUGACGACGAGGACGACGGAUUCGAGGACGAGGAUGAUGAGAUGGAUACCGACUGAGCGGCUCGAUCUCUCAGCCGUGAUCCGGAACUGGCUCCCGUCUCAGCACCCUUCAUGUCCUUUACCGGUAGCUGGGUGGCGUUAAGGAAGGGUUAGACCCGUCAUUUCUCGUCACUUUCCCUUUUGACGAUCGUCCUGUCAUGGGAGGAGAAAAAAGAUACCCGAGCUAGGCUCAGAGCCAAUGAGUACGACGUCUAUCAGCAGCUAAUCAGGGAGGUUGGGAACAUGUGUGCUUCGUCCAAUGGGACGUUGAACAUGGGCCACCAGGAACAAUCUGUGUGGACCAAGAUAUGAUUCUCAAAGGGAACGGGCAUACAUGCAUGAACACUGUUUUUUUUUUCUGCGGGUUUGGCGAAUUCGGCGUUACAACUAAGAAAGGGGAGCUGUGUUCAGAAAAAAAGUUUAUUUACUAGAAUGUAUCUCCAGAGU